AUGGCCCUUAUUCAGAGAAGUUUGUUCCGUUUCAUUGCAAGAAGGGGCGUCGCCACUACUGAAAGUGCCAUGGCCACGCAUUCUACCGUGCCAAAGAUGAAGACAUUCAAGGUAUACCGUUGGAAUCCGGAUAAACCGGCUGAAAAACCUCAUCUGCAGACUUAUCAGGUGGAUCUUAAUGAAUGUGGUCCCAUGGUGCUGGACGCCCUUUUAAAGAUCAAAAAUGAGCAAGAUCCUACCUUAACGUUCAGGAGGUCGUGCAGAGAAGGUAUAUGUGGCUCCUGUGCUAUGAAUAUCGAAGGUAGAAACACACUGGCAUGUCUUUGUAAGAUUGAUACGAAUGUUAGUAAGCAGGAAAAAAUUUAUCCACUACCUCAUAUGUUUAUUGUAAAAGACUUGGUCCCUGAUUUGACAAACUUUUAUCAACAGUAUAAAUCUAUAAAACCAUACUUACAGAGAUCGUCAUUCCCAGCAGACGGUAAAGAAGUCCCACAGAGUAUUGAGGACCGUAAGAAGCUGGAUGGUUUGUACGAGUGUAUUCUAUGUGCAUGCUGUUCUACCUCGUGUCCAUCAUAUUGGUGGAACCAAGAGGAAUAUCUAGGGCCUGCAGUUCUUUUACAAGCUUACCGUUGGUUGAUCGACUCAAGAGAUCAGGCCACUAGACAAAGAAAAGACAUGUUGCAAAAUUCCAUGUCUCUUUACAGAUGCCAUACUAUCAUGAACUGUACGAGAACCUGUCCUAAAGGUUUGAAUCCCGGUUUAGCAAUUGCUGAGAUCAAAAAGAAACUGGCUUUGUCUGCUUGA